AUGCAGUUAUCGCGUACAGCCUACCGCGCCGCCCUCUUUCACCUCAGCGUGAAUCCAAUCUUCACCCGCGCCUCUAUUCCCAGCACCUGGUCCCUCAGCGUUUCUACCCAGCUACCCCAAUCCUCGGCGACCUCCUCCCGCCUCUACAGCAUCCUCUUCCCACAGUGCGCACCUGGCAACAGAUCCCUCGAAUCAAUCCGCCACUCGCACACAAUGUCCUCCUCUACCCCUCCUACAGAAGCGACCCCUUCAAAGCAAGAGACCGGAGAAUCGCAGCCCCAAGAAACCACACAAGAGGCUUCCAAAGAGCAAUUGUGUCUCCCAUCGACCGAGUCGUCCAGCGAUGGCCAGCCAAAACAACUCCGCCUCGAUCUCGGCACUGAUGGAGGCGUCACGCUAGAUCACCUCGGACCUAUGGUUGUCAAUGUUGACGGGUCACUGUCGCGGAUCGGCAAUUGGGAUCAGAUGACGGAGAUUGAGCGCAAGAAUACGUUGCGGAUCUUGGGGAAGCGGAAUAAGCAACGCCUGGAGAAGUUGAGGGCUGCCGGGGAGCAGAAACAUGAUCUAGACUUUGUGGGGGGGAUAUAA